AUGAAGAAAUCUGGAAUCCUCGCAGCCUCCAUAUCUGCCGCCGCUUCUGUGACCGCCAUCUCCACCGAAACCUCCGUAUCAUUCUCUUCGCCGCAAUCCAAUCUUUCUCGUCAGGAUGCAAAGGAAAAACAGAGGAAGAAGAAGGGUUCGGAGGAUGGAGGAGAUGAAAAGUUUGCUCCAAGGUUUGAUGGGUUGCGAUUCAUCGAGACGCUUGUUACUGCUCACCGAUAA